AGGUAGAGAACAGCUGUGAUUGGCUGCACAAGCGUGUUCUACUUCCUUUAAAAACAAAAACAGACGGGCUGUGCUGGUAGGCCAAAGCCCGUUGAAACAGGCUGAAGUAAAAUCAGCUGACAGAGUUGCUACAAAGGGACUACAAACGGACAGAAAGCAAACCUGUUAUAAGAAGAAAGAGAAAGGAUUUUUAUGGAAAUGGACCACUGAAUGGAAUCUGGCUCCCAAAAGAUCCACGGACAAGGAAACAGAGGCAGAAUUCCUCAGGAAAGAAAACUGCACAAGCUGUCUGGGUUUGGAUGUGUUUAAAAUCAUAGUUACUGGGAAGAGAAGCUCAUGCCCAACUGUGGGAGUGGGUUCAUUUGUUUAUGUUUGCGACAUACUUCAGACUUCAAACUGAGCAGAACAAAUUUGAAUUAUGGACAAUGGAUAUGCGGUUCUUUCAGAAGACUGCUGUUCAGACACUUGCAAAGUUACAGUCACCGAUGGGCGCGAGUGUUUCAUCUGUCGGGAUGGGGAGGCAACCGAACCCCUGAGGACCUUCUGUGACUGUAAGACUCUUCUGGCCCAUCACAGCUGCCUACUCACCUGGAUUAGCAAGGGUGCUGGCAGUGAUGACCGAUUAAGGUGCAGCGUUUGCAGAGUAGAGUACCAGCUGCAGAGGCGGGCCGUGUGGAGAGCCGUGGCGCUGCAGUGGAAGACCUGGCCCAUCCUGCUCUCGGCCGCAGCGCUGUUCGUCCUGGUGCCCUACCUCGUCUACCGCCUGCUGACCACAUUCCCGAACACCACUCAUCACACGGUCUUCAGGGUGGCAUCCGUCUGCUUCGGCUUGCUCUCCAUCAUCCUCCUGAUCAAGUGUGUGGCGAGCUGCCUGGGCCGCCGCUACCGGCAGGCGCAGCGCUCGGCGUUCAGCCUGCUGCCGCGGCCGGUGGAGAGGGAGGAGGGGGAGCAGGAGGAGAAGAAGAGCAACGUGGCCCGCUCUGCUCCGUGGUGGGGCGGAGUGACCGAAGCCACAGCCGUUGCUCAAGGCUCCCGCACGCCAGAGGGCAAACAGGAGGAGGCCCACGCCAGAGCACCCGGGUUAGGCCUGAAGCUGUGAGAGGGCUUCAGGAGGGUGGAGGAGAAAGGGUGGGCUGGGGUGGGGGUGGGGGUGGGCGGGGGGGGGUUGAAUGGAGGUGGCAGGAGAAGUCCAUUGCCCAUCGCCAUGGCCACCCUGGACGAAAAGGAAAUAGCCCAGCAGCAAAGCAGCGUGGGGGACAUGGGUGGGAGGGGUGCGAGGGAAACAGAUUGAGUCUCAGUGACUCAUUUAGCUUCUGGAUCACACAGACCCGCACCCCUGCUGGCCAUUCUGGCCAUGUGUCAGUGGAACAGACAUGUUGGAAAGAGGGCUGGGGGUUUUAGUGUGAGUGUGUGCGUGUGCGUGUGCGUGUGCGUGUGCGUGUGCGUGUGUGUGUGUGUGUGUGUGUGUGUACUGUGGGUUUGAAGGUUAAGGAGUAAUAAUAAGACUCAGGUGUUGAGCCUAUGAUGUACUUUUUGAUUAAUUGAGCUCAUGGAAAUUUGACAAGUGUUUCCAUGAUGUACACUUAAUGCUCACUCAAUGACAUCCUCAAACUUAGUCAGUGCACAACUUAUUCUCUUUUAAGUCACUUUGGAUAAAAGCAUCUGCCAAAUGGGUAAAUGGACAGCUCGUGUAAAUAUAAAAUUGCAAUUCAAACUAUAAUCAGAACACACAGUACAGCCCUAAUCUAUUUCAGUAUUUUAUAUUUUCUACUUUUAUAUUCUGACAUGAUAUGUAAAAUAAAUGUGUUUUUAUUUUUAUUUCUUGCUUUAAUGCAAAUAUUUAACCCAGUUAUAUUAUGCACUUGUCACUUUUUCUUUGUAAGUCAUGAAUAUUUCUUUUUGCACAGUGUGUUUCUUGGACUUUGUUUGGCCAGGUUUCUCUUGCAGUAGAUGCAUCAGUAUGGUGGCCCUGAAGUACCUUGCAAAAUUUACAUUUCAAAAAACAAAAUUGCAAAUAGCAAUUCCAUGAUGAAGAGAGGAUAAUAUGUUUUACUUUUAGUAAAUUUACCAUGUUCUGGUCACUACAGGAUUAACAUGUGUCAUUUAUUGUUCCUCAUAAGUGCAGUGGAGGUUCAUAGUUGAGUUUGGAAUCAGUAACCCAACAAAUCAGCAAGUCCCAUUUCUAAGUAGACAAUUCACAAACAACUGUGAAACAACUUUUCAGUGAAGUCUGAUUCUACCAGCUCUUACCUGAGAGCUGCUUAAUUGGCCUGCAUGCUUUUGUUCAAGAGCUGCCUGUUCCUCUUACCUGUGCAAUUACCCACUGAAGCCAAAAGGUCACUCUGCCUGUUUAUCGGCAGUGGUGUGUGGUGUGGCAAACUGGAUUAAGAUUUCAAGAUGGCUAGACAUUGAGCCUUACACAGUCUUAUAAUCAUAUGAAGGUUGUUUACAUACUGCUAGCAACCUAACUACAUUUUGAGGCAAUACCAAGUCCAUGAACUCAAGCUUGGUAAUGGUCUCUGAGGCAUAAGUGUUUUUUUUUCUUGUGUUUACUUAUUAUACUUAUACUCUAAGUACCACUUAUUAGAAAGCCCUUGGGAGAGGUGAUGGCCAAUAACACAACAGUUGUGUUUCCAUUUCUACGCCAAACCCCAUUACAGUGUUAGCAAGAGCAAGAGAGAAUGAGUGAGGUAGAGAGAGGGAGAGAAAUGGAGAGGUGUGUGAAUGGGCAGGUGGCUAAUAUAAGAGAAGGUCAUUAAACAGAUUGGAAUGUAGCCUGAAUAGAAUUUGCAAAUGAAAACCCUGAUAGGAGCAAAUGGAGGUAACAGGUGAGAGAGCCUCCACUCUGAGUUCGGCAUGGCCUCUGAAAGCAUCCCUGCUGUCUGUGUGUGACAAAGGGAACAAUAACAGCCCUGAUUUUUUUGUCUUUUAAUGCUCCUGUGACAUGCACUUCUCUACCUCUCUCUGUCUCCUUUUCUUUUCUCCUCCCUCGUCUGAAGUAGUUCACUGAUGGUUCCUGUGUUCUCUCCCAGAGCUCUCCUCCUGUUUGUCUCUGACAACAAGCUCUGGCGAUGCCUCUCAGUUCUCCCUGUUCAGAUGAGAACUCAGCCUUGUUGUCGUUGUCACAUGUGCUCCCCAACCGAAUUCCCUCUAUGUAAAACCACAUGGGAAUGCUACCCCAACUCUAAGAACCACGCAUGGUUCCCUUACAGAGAUGAAGAGAGAUUUAUCCAAUAACCAAGACCCUCACAUAGCCAAAGUUGAGAAAUGCCACAGCGAAACAUCAUUAUCAUGAACCUCAACAACAGCAGCAGCAGUGGGGAGACAGACCCCCGUUUGACAAAGCCAGUGCCAGUGUGUGGGUGUGGGGGAUCGGCUGUAGGGGUGUGAGUGUGUGAGUGUGUGUGUGUGUGUGUGUGUGUGUGUGGUAGGAGGGCUUAGCUCACGCACAGAGGGCCAGAUGGGCAUGUUCAUGAGUGUGUGAGCGUGGAUUACUCCUGCAGCUGCGGCUCCACAUGGCACAGCCAGACUGCGGGAGGCAGACACUGGGCACAUGGACCAAGACCAGGGGGGUGGGGGCGGAGGUCGAGGCGCAGGACUCUCUCCCAAAGUCCUGCGCCCCCUUGCACUGGCACAGAUUGGGUCUCAAAAAAAGGGCACAUGCCCCCACUACGCGCGCGACACGCAUGCUUUCGGACUCUUUGGGGCCGAAAGAGCAGCGUUUUGGAAUGCUGCUCAGGGGUCGGACGCCAACUCUGAAGGUCUUGUUGAAGCUCUGAAGAGGGGUACUGUGUUUUAUGCAACACAACCCCCCAAAUCCAACCCGACCCCAGUUAACAGCCCUCUCCCCCUGGCUAUGUUUGUGCUGGUCUUUUUUGAAAAUGGUAAUCUCACCACAGAUGUGCAGCGAUGCACACAUGGUUCGGUGGUAAUUGAAGACCAAAUUAGAUUAGACCAUCUCCCAGUGAAAAUGUAUUUUGAGGUCGAACCUCUGCUUGUUUAUUAUAAUGUCUUCCUCCAGUAGCUCCACUGAAAUAUUCUCGAGUGUAUGCGUUCUUGUCAUUUGAAUUAUGGGAGGCAAAUGUCCAAAUUAUACAUUUAGAGUAUUUCAACGCAGCAGACAAGAGAUGAAAUGCAAUCAUCAGAGGAUUUAAGAGGAUAUGAUCCUGAUAUUUUCCUUUGUCCAUGACACGAUGAGUUAUUAUGUUAAAGCUCUCCGAUGGGAAUUGCCACUCACAACACGUGCAACAUACCACUACAGCCUGCUGCGCUGCGCCAUGCCUGUGCUACUGAUAGGGCUGCAUGAAGUGUUUUCGAUUUACAUGGGGGUCUGAGCGACCAAGCCUUACCUUUUUGGAAAUGGAACAAAAAUGCUUUCAUCGUUUAAAGUCCGGGUCGAGCGUGUAAUCUGCUCUUGGCCCGGCCAGGAUCAGACAUCAUAACUAGCUGUUAACCCAACAGAUGACAAUCUGUCUCGGUGAAGGACAAAGCCACUCUUGUUUCCCCUCCUCCCUAUCUAUCACUCCUUCCCUCUCUUUGCUCCCAAUGAUCAUGUUUAGCCAAGUACGCAAUCACAUCUCCAAAACAUUUUUUUACACAGAUAUAUGUAUUGUGUUUUGUUAAUGAUAUGUGUUAAUAAUAAAUGCUGUGUGUUUCUUUGAAAUAUGUUUGUUGCUGAGAAACUGAAAUAAAGUGUUCAUACAGUAGAA